AUGUUCCUAGGCGGUCGCUGCUGCACCCUCCGCAAAUGGCCCUCCUUUUGGGGCUAUGGAUUUGUCAUGCAACAGAAAGCAAACGUCUUCUUCAUUUCUCUCAUUGAAAAGGACUCGCCUGCGGCCUUCGGUCGCCUUUUUCGCGGGGACAUUAUCCUUGCCGUGAAUGGAAGGUCAACCGGUAGGUGUUUUGACGUUCACACAUAUGCCUGAAUACUCUCUCUCUCUUUCUCUCUCUCUCUCUCUCUCUCUCUCUCCCUCUCAGAAAACCACACUUACAACGAACUCGCUGCCUGGAUAGACGCAGACAAGGAUAAGGUCGAGUUGCUGGUCUGUCAGCCUGUGGAGAGGGACUACUUUGACAGAUUCAAAAUCCCCCUGGGGCCGACAUCGCCAUAUCUAAAGUUCUUCACCGCUCCGGCUUCUAAAGCAGGCGAGUUCUUCUCAAAGUACUAA